AAGAAAAUAUCAAAUAUGGCAAUAUGGCAGAUAAUAAUUUAAAUAUGGUAGAUGUAGAUGAACAUAUUACCGAAGUGGUACAUCAUACAGGUACCACUUUUCACGUUUAUUUGACGAGUCAAGAAUUAUUGCGAGCAAAUACAGAUCCUACAUUUGCAGAAGAGAUAUCAGAAAAAUAUUAUGAAUUAUACCAGAAGGGUUUAGUUCGUGCCAUAGAAACAGCCUCACUUCCAGAAGAUUCUGGAACUACACCUAAUAAUGACGAUAAUGAAAAUAAAAUUAGAUGGACAGACCAUCAAAUAAAAUUUUUAAUAUCUCUUACAGACAGUUCACAAUCCUCAAUAACAAUGACUCCAACUACUUCAGAUGCUGAAGGUAACUGCGAUACGCCAAACCAUACCACUCCAGAAGCUGUGACGCCAGGAUCAACAAGAAGGGUGAGUAGAAAAAGAAGUCGUAUUGCUGCCCGUUUAGCAACUGAAGAACCAGAGUGGUUCAAAAAAUAUAGGGAGGAUGCAAUGUUAAGACAUCAAGAACGAAUGGAGGUUCUAAACAAAUUAACAAAUAUUCUAAAUAGUUUGUGUCAUUAAUAAAGUUUAA